CAUACUUCACAUCGCGCAUGCGCACUCUUCCACUGUGGUUCGACCUCUGCAGUCGAGAGACCCGGGCUUCAACCAGAUUUGACGGAACCGGUUAAAACAACCCAAAAUAGAAAAUGUACGCCUGUGCAAAGUUCGUCUCCACGCCGGCAUUGGUCCGUGCUGGUUCCCGGGCUCUUUACAGACCCCUGUCUGCCUCUGUGCUGUCCAGGCCUGAGACCAAAUCAGAGAGCAGUGUUGCUGUGAUGCCACAGAGCCCCCUCACCCAGGUCUCACUGAGGGGCUUCCAGACCAGUGCCGUCAGCAGGGACAUUGACACUGCUGCCAAGUUUAUCGGAGCUGGAGCUGCCACAGUCGGAGUAGCUGGAUCCGGUGCAGGAAUUGGGACAGUGUUUGGCAGUCUCAUCAUCGGCUAUGCUAGGAACCCAUCUCUGAAGCAGCAGCUGUUCUCAUAUGCCAUCCUGGGAUUUGCCCUGUCUGAAGCUAUGGGACUGUUCUGUUUGAUGGUUGCUUUCCUUAUCCUGUUUGCUAUGUAAAAAGAUCUGCUGUCAUACGACACUUUCAUUACAGAUGUGACUACAUAUUUUAUUGUGGCUACCAAAAUUGUUCCGUGUUGGUGUCAUGGAAAUGUACAUUUUCAAGUCUUUCAGACACUGUCAAAAUAAGCAAAACAUGUAUCGUACGAAUGUAAGGAAUUACGUGAUUAAAAUACAUGUUUUUGACUAUUUAACAA